AUGGCCAGGCCCUCUGCUCUCCUGACAUGCCUGGUGGUGAUGCACUACCAGUCAAGCUGCCUUCUGGGAUGUGACCUGCCUCAGACUCAUCACCUCAGGAACAAGAGAGCCUCCACACUCCUGGCACAAAUGAGGAGACUCUCCCCUCUCUCCUGCCUCAAGGACAGAAAGGACUUUGCAUUCCCUCUGGAGAAGGUGGAUGCCCAGCAGAUCCAGAAGGCUCAAGCCGUCCAUGUCAUGGGUGAGGUCACCCAGCAGGUCCUGACCCUCUUCACCUCGGAUGAAUCAUCUGCUGCUUGGGAGACAAGCCUGCUACACACAUUCCGUGAUGAGCUCAAGGAGCAGCUCAAAGACCUGCAAACCUGUCUGAGGCAGCAGGUGGAGAUGGCGCAACCUUCCCAGAGCCAGGAAGACUCCCCGGUGGAUGUGAGCAACUACUUCCACAGGAUCACAGUCUACCUGAAGAAGAAGAAACACAGCCCCUGUGCCUGGGAGGUGGUCAGAGCAGAAGUCAGGAGAGCCCUGUCUUCCUCAGCCAAGCUGCUGGCAGAAUUGACUGAGGAGAAGGAAUUAAGUCCUGAGCCAAAGUGA